UAUCUCCUCGUGCUGUUCAGCUUCUUCUCAAGCAUUCUGCUCUCCUGUGGAUUUCAGAAGAACCUGAAGCUGCAGCAGGUCUUGGUGGUGUGGGGGGGUUGUGUGGUGCUGCAGGGCACACUCAGUUGAUGAGAGUAGUUCUCAUGCACUGCUCACAGUCUGUGCAGCUAAUUUGCUGUUUGUGUGGAUGUUCAGUCAAGCUGUUCUAAACACUUUUAAAAAUCAACCCGUUUUGUAUCUAUACAUAAAUUCACAUUAAAUAAUCAAACAGGAACAAAGGGAAAAUAUAAUUGAUGUGAUCAUUGUCGUCUUUUCCCGUUUAAUAAUAAUUUAUAGGAAUAGUCAAAAGAAACUGGAGAACACAAUUUCACAUGAGACUAUGGGAGACAGUCACAAGUUGAUGGUUGGAGGCUGUUGACACAUAACUAUGGCAGUCUUAUUACGGAUGGAGAGUCAGCGGAAAGGCAAGUAUUUUAAAACGUGGAUGAUAUAGCAGCUUAAGAAGUCGGUAAAGCUGACUUCAAUGUCAAAUCGCGAAGCUUUUAUAAUAGAUAUAGGUUUUGUCAACAGCUCAUCCAAAUGGCAAAAACGGCCAAAAAAAGCACCUGUUGAAGGGUAUUUAGGGCUUAAUGAAGGGCCGACAGCUUGACAUUCCCCCCAUUCCCUGCGAGUCUGACUAACGGGCGGGCAGCUGCCGUACUGCGUCUUUAAGCCGGUGGCUCUGGCGCUGUUCGCGGAGGGAGGUGCUGAAGCUGGAGAUCCGCCGCCGCCGCCGAAGCCGCUCCGCGUCUGCAGCCAUUUUCCGCAUCCCGGGCAUCACCUGGACCGGCGGUCCCGAGCCGAGGGGAGCCGAACCGGGCCACGAUGGUUAAGAGGAAGAGCUUGGACGACCAGGAACAGGAGAGCAGUAGGGGCAUCCCUUUGCCGAUCCAGACCUUCCUGUGGAGGCAGACGAGCGCGUUUCUGCGGCCGAAAUUGGGCAAACAGUAUGAAGCCUCCUGUGUGUCCUUUGAGCGUGUCCUGGUGGAAAACAAGCUGCACGGCCUCUCGCCGGCCUUGUCCGAGGCCAUCCAGAGCAUCUCCCGCUGGGAGCUGGUCCAGGCUGCACUGCCUCACGUUCUCCACUGCACAGCCAUCCUGCUCUCCAACAGGAACAAGCUGGGGCACCAGGACAAGCUGGGUGUGGCGGAGACCAAGCUGCUGCACACCCUGCACUGGAUGCUGCUGGAGGCUGCCCAGGAGUGCCACCAGGAGGCAGGCCUGGGCCAUGGCUGGUCGGGCAGCGGAAGCAGCGCGUUCCUGCAGCCGCUGGGGAACCAGGGCUCCCCGGGAGGUGCCCCCCGCUGCAGCGGCUCGCUGGACGAGGACGAGCAUGCCCGCGCCAAGUUCUUCCACAAGAGCAUGGCCACCGUGGAGCUCUUUGUCUUCCUCUUUGCGCCGCUCGUCAACCGCAUCAAGGUCCCGCCCCCCUGUUCCAUCCCUGGGGACCGCCUGGAGUCGGACCUGACCUUCCGGCUGACCAGCGGGCUGGUGAUCUGGCAGGCCAUGUGGGAGCACCGGCAGCCCGACGUGCCGGCCUUCUCCGCGCUCAUCAAGCCCGUGAGGAACAUAGUGACAGCCAAAAGGAACUCGCCACCCAAUAACCAGUGCAGCCCCGGUGGUCCCAGUAACCCUGGUCCAAUGGGUUUCCAGGUGGUGUGUGAAACCAGCCAAUCAGAUUUCUCCCCUGUGCUGACGGGCAGGCAGAGCUGUCGACGCGGCAAUUCUGUGGAAGGAGGCGGGCCUUCACAGCAGCUUCCCCGGGACAGGGGGGUGGCGCAGAAGAAGUCCCACGGCGGCCUUCCCAUGAUGCAGCGGUCCCGUUACGCCACCUACUUCGACGUGGCCGUGCUUCGCUGUCUGCUUCAGCCUCACUGGACAGAGGAGGGCGUGCACUGGGCUCUUACCUUCUACCUGCAGCGUCUCCGGCAGAUCCUGGAGGAGAAGCCGGAGAGGCCGGCCGAACUGCAUGCCACGCCCCUGCCCCGCCCACGUAGCAGCUCCAUGGUGGCCACUGCCCCCUCCCUGGUCAAUACCCACAAGACACAGGACAUGACCCAGAAGUGCAAUGAAGAGGAGAAAUCUUUGAGCUCUGAAACCUUCUCCAAAGUGUCCUUGACCAACCUCCGGAGACAGGCCGUCCCUGACCUCGCCUCUGACCUGGGCAUGAACAUCUUCAAGAAGUUUAAGAAUCGGCGCGAGGACCGGGAACGCAAGGGCUCCAUCCCUUUCCACCACACGGGCAAGAAGCGACAGCGCCGUAUGGGCGUGCCGUUCCUGCUGCACGAGGACCACCUGGACGUCUCACCCACACGCAGCACCUUCUCCUUCGGCAGCUUCUCGGGCCUGGGGGAUGAUCGCAGGGGCCUGGACCGGAGCGGCUGGCAGGCUACCAUAAUGGGGAAAUUCACAAGGCGGGGCAGCACGGAUGCGACUGGAGACAUGGACAGUUUGGGCGCCAAGCACUCGCACUCUCACCACACUCUGCUGAGGGACAUGCCCGACCACUCCAACAGCCACAGCGACAAUACCGUCAAGGAAGUGCGUUCCCAGAUCUCCACCAUCACCAUGGCAACGUUUAACACCACGGUGGCCUCUUUCAACGUGGGCUAUGCCGACUUCUUCACGGAGCAUGUGAAGAAGUUGUGCAACCCGGUACCAGCGGCUGAGCUGGUCAGUGAGCCUCUGGCAUGUGCCAACCUCCCCCGCAGUCUGACUGACUCCUGCAUCAACUACUCCUGCCUGGAGGAGGGCGACAACAUCGACGGCACAAACAACUUCAUCCUGAAGAACGGCAUGCUGGACCUGGCCGCCGUGAUGCAAGCGCUCUACGCGGUACUGACCCACGAUAUCAGCUCGCGCAUCUGCGACGUGGCCCUCAACAUCAUCGAGUGCCUGCUCCAGCUGGGCGUGGUCCCCAACGCCAGGAGCAGGUCCACCCACAUGGAAGACAAGGAGAAUCAUGAGACGCGCACCAAGGAGACCGCCGGCCAGACCGCCACCACCUCCCCGUGGGCCGUGCCCGGGGCCGCUGCGGGUGCACCCGCGGGGGGUGGCGGGGGCGGGGGCGGGGGCGGGGGCGGAGACGGCGGCGGAAGCGGGGGAGGCGGUGGAGGAGGUGGGGGAGGCGGAGGAGGCAGUGAAGAUGAGGCUAAGAACAACAAAGAGAAAGAGAGCAAGGAGGGUGCCCCCCCACUGAGCACGCACCGGCUGGCCCUCACCAUGCUCAUCAAGAUUGUGAAGUCUCUGGGCUGCGCGUACGGCUGUGGUGAAGGCCAUCGGGGGCUCUCAGGAGACCGGCUGAGGAUGCAGGCCCAGAGUUGCCUAACCCGGCUCUACAAGUUGGACAAGAUGCAGUUCCGGCAGACCAUGAGGGAAUACGUCACCAAGGACUCUCUCAACAACGUGGUGGACUUCCUACAUGCUCUGCUGGGGUUCUGCAUGGAGCCCAUCACAGACAAUAAGGCCGGCUUUGGAAACAACUUUACUACAAGGGACAGCAAGUCUGUAGCACAGAGCAUGGAGACGGUGGUCGUGGGCUGCAUGUUCAAGUCCCUGAUAACACGCUGUGCUUCCACCACCCACGAGCUGCACAGCCCAGAGAAUCUGGGCCUGUACUGUGACAUUCGUCAGCUGGUCCAGUUCAUCAAGGAGUCCCAUGGGAAUGUGUUCCGGCGAGUAGCACUGAGUGCGCUGCUGGACAGUGCUGAGAAGCUCACCACAACAAAGAAGCCUGAGGAAAAGGAGGAGCCCAAGCAGACUGGGACCAGAAGGUCCGAACCAGGGGAGAAGGGACAGCCCUCCACUACAGCCGACGAGUGCCGCAGUCUGAUCUCUAGCAGACCCCCCCAGACCCCCGAGCACGAGGAACAGAUUCCGGGAGCAUUGCUGGGUCGAAAGGACUUCUGGAGGAAGAUGUUCAAGUCGCAGAGCGCGGCAAGCGACACCAGCAGCCAGUCGGAGCAGGACACCUCGGAGUGCACGACAGCCCACUCGGGCACCACCACAGACCGGCGCUCGCGCUCACGCUCUCGCCGCAUCUCGCUGCGCAAGAAGCUCAAGCUGCCCAUCGGAAACUGGCUCAAGCGCUCAUCUCUGUCGGGCCUGACGGACGGCGUGGAGGACUUGCUGGACAUCAGCUCUGUGGACAGGCUCUCCUUCAUCCGGCAGAGCUCCAAGGUGAAGUUCACCAGUGCGGUGAAGCUGUCAGAAGGCAGUGCGGCGGAGUACAGCCGGGACGAGGAGGAGAACUUCUUCAAGCGGCUCGGUAAAUGGCGGUCUGGCCGGCGGAACCCGUCCAAGCUCCACCACCCCGAGGAAAAAGAUGGGUGUCAUGGCUUCCAGGAGCGUCUGGCUGCCAGUCAGGAGGUUAUGAAGAACAAGAACGUGGUGAACCUGGGCGCCAUCCGGCAGGGCAUGAAGCGCUUCCAGUUCCUGCUGAACUGCUGUGAGCCAGGCACCAUCCCAGACGCCUCCAUCCUGGCGGCCGCCCUGGACCUGGAAGCUCCUGUAGUGGCACGGGCCUCCCUCUUCCUUGAAUGUGCCCGUUUCGUCCAUCGCUGCAACCGCGGCAACUGGCCGGAGUGGAUGAAGGGCCAUCACGUGAACAUCACCAAGCGGGGUCUCUCUCGAGGCCGCUCCCCAGUGGUGGGCAACAAGAGGAACCAGAAGCUUCAGUGGAAUGCGGCCAAGUACUUCUGCCAGUGGGCCGACGCAAUCGGUACCCGCCUGAGCGAGCUCUGCCACUCGGACAGUGAGAGUCCCGCCAACAUCUUGGGCUUCAUCUACGACGAGGAGAGCAAACGGCGCAUGCGGAAGGAGGAUGAGGAAGAGGACUUCCUAGACGACAACACGGUCAACCCGACUAAAUGCUGCUGCCCGUUUGCCCUGAAGAUGGCCGCCUGUCAGCUGCUCCUGGAGGUCACAACCUUCCUGAGGGAGACGUUCCCCUGUCUCCCACGGCCCCGCGCUGAGCCCCUGGUGGACCUGGAGAGCUGUCGCCUGCGCCUGGACCCGGAGCUGGGCCGGCACCGCUACGAGAGGAAGAUCAGCUUUGCGGGGAUCCUGGAUGACGAGGACGGCCAUGACUCACUGAACAGCAGCAGUCACACGCUCAAGUCUGACACAGCCUGCGAUGACAAGAAGACCCAGGAGCCCCUAGCUCCCAUCAGGAAGAUCCGCAUCGGGGGUUCCCGCCUGCUGCAGAUCAAGGGGGCCCGCAGCUUCCGGGUGAAGAAGGGGGGUUCCCUGUCCUCCAUCCGCCGGGCCGGCAGCCUCAAGAGCACCAAGCUGUCCCGGCAGGAUUCGGAGUCGGAAAACGAGGAGGGCCUGCUGUCCCAGAGCAGGGACACGGUCACAGACAUUGGGAGUCCCUGGAGCACCAGUGAACCCAGCAUAGAGCCAGAGGGACUCAGCACUGGUGGGACUGAGGAGAACUACCACCGCAACAUGUCCUGGUUGCACAUCAUGAUCCUGUUGUGCAACCAGCAGAGCUUCAUCUGUACCCACGUGGACUUCUGCCACCCCCGCUGCUAUCAGUACCACAGCCGCUCCUGCGCCCGUCUGGUGCGCGCCAUCAAGCUGCUGUACGGUGAGGCGGUGGACGGCCCAGCUAGCAGCACCGGCCCCCGUGCCAAGAAGGCCAAGGAGUGCUCAGACAAAUCCUGCCUCCGGACGCCGUCCAUGAAGAAACAGCCCACUGACAGCAACGCGGAGGGGAAGAAGGACACAGGGAUGCUCAAGUACAUCCGCAACCAGGUGAUGAGCAUGUCGCCUGCCCCCCUAUCCCUGCUAAUCAAGGCGGCCCCCAUUCUGACGGAGGAGAUGUACGGGGACGUGCAGCCAGCGGCCUGGGAGCUGCUGCUCAGCGUGGACGAGCACAUGGCCGCCGCAGCCGCCGCCAUGUUCCUGCUGUGUGCGGUGAAGGUGCCCGACACAGUCACCGACAUGAUGAUGGCAGAGUUCCACCACCAGGAGGCAGGGCAGCGCAUAAACUCGGUGCUGAAGUUCUACACCCUGUGGCGGUUCCGGUACCAGGUGUGGCCCCGCAUGGAGGAGGGAGCCCAACAGAUCUUCAAGAUACCACCUCCAAGCAUCAAUUUCACCCUACCCUCCCCAAUCCUGGGCAUGCCCUGUGUGCCCAUAUUUGACCCCCCCUGGGUCCCCCAGAAUGCAGGCAGUGUCCAGGACCCGAUCAACGAGGACCAGUCUAAAUCCUUUUCAGCGCGUGCAGUGUCCCGGUCCCACCAGCGGGCGGAGCACAUCCUGAAGAACCUGCAGCAGGAGGAGGAGAAGCGGCGUCUGGGCCGGGAGGCUAGCAUCAUCACUGCCAUCGCCAUAACGCAGGAGGCCUGCUACGAGCCCACCUGCAGUCCGCCUCCAGAGCAAGAGGAGGAAGCAGAAGAAGUGGUGAACCUGGCGUCCCGCCGCCUGUCGGUCAGCCCCUCCUGCGCCUCCAGCAACUCCCACCGCAACUACUCCUUCCGCAGGGGCUCUACCUGGUCGGUGCGCUCCAUCGUCAGUGCCGAAGAUGAGGAGAACACCACGGAACACACGCCCACACACCACGUGCUCCAGCCCCCGCAGGCCGUGUUCCCAGCAUGCAUUUGUGCCGCCGUGCUGCCCAUCGUGCACCUGAUGGAAGACGGCGAGGUGCGGGAGGAUGGCGUGGCAGUGAGUGCGGUGGCCCAGCAGGUUCUGUGGAACUGCCUGAUUGAGGACCCAGCCCUGGUGCUCAGGCACUUCCUGGAAAAACUGACGGUCAGCAACAGACAGGAUGAGCUGAUGUAUAUGCUGAGGAAGUUGCUGCUGAACAUUGGCGACCUGCCUGCUCAGACCUCACACAUCCUCUUCAACUACCUGGUGGGCCUGAUCAUGUACUUCGUACGGACGCCGUGUGAGUGGGGAAUGGAUGCCAUCUCUGCCACUCUGACCUUCCUGUGGGAGGUGGUGGGAUAUGUGGAGGGCCUCUUCUUUAAAGACCUGAAGCAGACCAUGAAGAAGGAGCAAUGUGAGGUCAAGCUGCUGGUCACUGCCUCCAUGCCAGGAACGAAGACCUUGGUGGUGCAUGGGCAGAAUGAAUGUGACAUCCCUACCCAGCUGCCUGUGCAUGAGGACACACAGUUUGAGGCAGUACUGAAGGAGUGCCUGGAGUUCUUCAAUAUUCCUGAGGCCCGGUCUGCACACUAUUUCCUCAUGGACAAACGCUGGAACCUCAUACACUACUCCAAGACCUACGUGAGAGACAUCUACCCGUUCCGCAGGUCCGUGUCUCCCCAGCUCAACCUGGUCCAUAUGCUGCCAGAGAAGGGCCAAGAACUCAUUCAGAAGCAGGUGUUCUCCCGGAAGCUGGAGGAGGUCGGCCGCGUGCUCUUCCUCAUCGCCCUCACGCAGCGCAUGCCGGCCGCGCACAAGCAGUCCCACGUCUCCCUGCUGCAAGAGGACCUCCUCCGCCUGCCCUCCUUCCCUCGCACCGCCAUCGACGCCGAGUUCUCCCUCUUCAGCGAGUCUCAGGGCAAGGAGUUGUUUGGCCUGGACACCCUUCACAAGGUCUUGUGGAUCAAACUGCUGGAGGAGAUGUUCCUGGGAAUGCCCAGUGAGUACCCCUGGGGAGACGAGAUCAUGCUCUUCCUCAAUGUCCUCAAUGGGGCCCUUCUGCUGCACCCUGAGGACAGCGCCCUCCUCAGGCAGUACACUGCCACUGCCAUCAACACAGCUGUGCACUUCAACCACCUCUUCUCACUCAGUGGCUACCAGUGGAUCCUGCCCACCAUGCUGCAGGCUUAUGCCGACUACGAGAGCAACCCACUGCUGCGGCAGGGUAUGGAGUUCUGUUUCCGGCAGUUCUACGUGCUGCACCGCAAGCCCUUCAUCCUGCAGCUGUUUGCCAGCGUAGCCCCCCUGCUGGAGUUUACGACCAGCACCAGCACGGGUCUGUCCAAAGGCGUCUCUGCCCAGUGCCUCUUCGACCUGCUGGUGUCCCUAGAGGGAGAGACCCCAGACACACUGGAUGCCCUACAGCUCGUCAAGGCUGAGAAGCCCCUCCGAUCUCUGGACUUCUGCUAUGGUAAUGAAGACCUGGCUUUCUCCAUCAGCGAGUCCAUCAAGCUGUGCGUGACCGUCGUGGCCUACGCCCCCGAGUCCUUCCGCAGCCUGCAGAUGCUGAUGGUCCUGGAAGCGCUGGUGCCCUGCUUCCUACAGAAGCUGAAGAGCAGCACCGUAGCCCUGGAGUCGGCCUCGGCGGCCCGCGACGAGAUAGCAGCCAUCGCGGCCCUGGCCACCUCGCUGCAGGCCCUGCUGUACAGCGUGGAGGCCCUCACGCGGCCCAUGACAGCCCCCCAGAUGAGUCGCUGUGACCAGGGCCACAAGGGAGCGACCACAGCCAACCACACCAUGUCUGGCGGCGCCAACACCCGAGAUAAUCUGCACCUCCUGGAGGAGGGCCAGGGCAUGCCCCGUGAGGAGCUGGACGAGCGCAUCGCCCGCGAGGAGUUCCGCCAUCCACGCGAGUCGCUCCUCAACAUCUGCACCGAGUUCUACAAGCACUGCGGCCCUCGGCUGAAGAUCCUGCAAAACGUGGCCGGCGAACCGCGCGUCACGGCCCUGGAGCUGCUGGACAUCAAGUCCCACAUGAGGCUCGCUGAGAUCGCGCACUCACUGCUGAAGCUGGCCCCCUAUGACACGCUGACCAUGGAGAGCCGCGGCCUGAAGCGCUACAUGACAGAGAUGUUGCCCAUCACCGACUGGGCCGCUGAGGCGGUGAGGCCAGCCCUCAUCCUCAUCCUCAAGAGGCUGGACCGCAUGUUCAACAAGAUCCACAAGAUGCCCACACUCCGGAGACAGGUGGAGUGGGAGGCAGCCAGCAGCCUCAUCGAGGGCAUCUGCCUCACCCUGCAACGGCAGCCCAUCAUCUCCUUCCUGCCCCACCUGCGCUCCCUCAUCAACGUCUGUGUCAAUCUCGUGAUGGGGGUUGUGGGUCCCUCCAGUGUGGCCGACGGGCUGCCGCUGCUUCACCUGAGCCCCUAUUUGUCCCCGCCACUCCCCUUCAGCACCGCCGUCGUACGCCUGGUGGCCCUGCAGAUCCAGGCUCUGAAGGAUGACUUUCCCCUCAGUCACGUGAUUUCACCCUUCACCAAUCAGGAGAGGCGAGAAGGGAUGCUGCUUAACCUGCUUAUUCCAUUUGUGCUGACCGUGGGGUCAGGAAGCAAAGACAGCCCCCACCUGGAGCAGCCAGAGGUUUUCCUGCUCCUGCAAACGGUCAUCAACAUCCUGCUGCCCCCCCGUAUCAACAGCACGUCACGCAGCAAGAACUUCAUGCUGGAGAGCUCACCUGCCCACUGCUCCACACCGGGGGACACGGGGAAGGACAUGCGCCGGGAGGGGCUGGCUGAGUCCACCAGCCAGGCUGCGUACCUGGCCCUGAAGGUGGUGCUGGUAUGCUUCGAGCGCCAGCUGGGGAACCAAUGGUACCGGCUCAGCCUGCAGGUGAAGGAGAUGGCCAUGCGCAAGGUUGGCGGUCUGGCCUUCUGGGAUUUCAUCGACUUCAUCGUGCGCACACGCAUCCCCAUCUUCGUGCUGCUCCGCCCCUUUAUCCAGUGCAAGCUGCUAACCCAGCCGGCCGAGUCCCAGGAAGAGAUCACGGCCCGGCAUCACAUCGCCGACCAGCUAGAGCGCCGCUUCAUCCCCCGGCCGCUCUGCAAGAGCUCGCUGUUUGCCGAGUUCAACAACGAGCUGAAAAUCCUGAAGGAGGCGGUGCACAGUGGUUCUGCCUAUCAGGGGAAGACCUCCAUAAGCACGGUGGGGACUUCGACGUCCGCCUACCGGCUGAGCCUGGCCACUAUGUCGCGCUCCAACACGGGCACGGGGACGGUGUGGGAGCAGGACAGCCAGCCAUCGCGGCAGCCGUCGCAGGACACGCUGAGCCGCACGGACGAGGACGAGGAAGAAAGUCAGGGCCCCGUCCACACGCUCUGCCACCACGACUCGGUGAGCAUUCCCAGCGUGGUGAGUGACCACGAGGCCUUCUUGCCCCACGUCAUCACGCAGCGUCGCUUCUCCAGCCACGCCCCCGGGGUUUCCACCCCCCCGCCGGAACCUGGCAUGAGCAGCAUGCUCCCCAGUCACAGCGAACCCAAUGUGCUAGAUGAGUCCCAAGGGAUGCUGGAAGAGGGUAACCUGUCUAGGGUGGCCAGUGUGCAAAGCGAGCCGGGCCAGCAGAACCUGCUCAUACAGCCACCACUAGGCCGUAAAAGAGGCCUGAGACAGCUGCGGCGCCCCCUGCUGUCCAUGCAGAAGAUCCAGAAUGAGCCGCGAGGACGGACUGGAGCUCGUCUGUCCACCACGCGGAGAAGCAUCCAGCCCAAAAACAAGCCUCUGGAAACUUUAUUGGACUGUGAAGCACAAACUGAACAGAAGAGGUCAGUGACCUUCACGGAGACCCAGCCCAACGUCACUGUGACGUCGGCAACUGACGACGAGGGUCCGGGUGAGGGCAAGAAGCUGAACGUGCCCCCCCCUGCCGGAUCCUCCUUGGCACCCAUCGCUGCAGACUCACACAGCCCUGCCCGAGGCCCGCUCUCUGCUAUCCCUGACAGCAGGGAGAAGGAGCCGAGAGCACUCUGGGGCACCCUGUCCCCCUCCCCUCGGUCGACCCCCACGCCGCCCUCCUCCUCCCCCUUCCUCCCCCCGCUCCCUGUCCUGGAGACGCCAGCCCGCCCACUGCCCGCCGACCUGGUGCCCGAGAGUCCUGAGGACGAAGAGACCUCAGUGCUGCUCCAGCACUCGGACACGGUGCUGCACAUCAGCGAGGACAGCGGCACCGAGAACCCUCUCCUGGUCCCCUUACUGUCCCCUCGCAGGUCUCCUCAGCCGCUGUCCCCCGUGGACUUGGAUCUGGACGAGUCGCAUGUCUGAGUCCCCCUCAGCGCAGCCCCUAGAUGCAACCCUCACCCUCACCCUGUCCCUCCCUCGGUCAUGCGCCCCGACCCCCAAAGCCGCCCUUCAGAACUCGGGUGUAUGGUGUCUCCCGGCAGGGCUGCACCCUCCAGCCUCAUGGUGAUGAUCACUUGUCCUCGGGUUUAUGUUUAGAACAUACGCCAGGGUAAAUGUUUGUGGUUCUCCAUGACGAUACAUUUUUACCAAGUAUGACCGGCUAGAUUAAUUGUUCCUGCAAUGCACACAUAUAUGGCCAUUGUGCUGUGUGCUCCUAUUAGCCAUUGAACUGAUAGCUGUAAGUGUGUCCGGUUUUGAAGGGCAGCUCAGUACCUCGGCCCUGCUGGAGGACCCGCAGUACUGCAGGACGGGCUGUUUGAACGCACAAGCGCUUUGCUUUUGAGUAAGGUGGUUACUGGGUUAACUCUCUCUAGUUUGUAUUGACCAAAUACCAAACUAUGCUAUAAUAAUGUAGUUGAUGAGCUUUACAGCUCUCUUGUUUAGAAAUGAUAUUUCAGAUGAAUAUAGUAUAUUAGUUAUUUUCAGGUCUUCAGAAAGAUGAAUGUUUAUAUAUUGUAAUAGAUGGAAUCUAUAUAAUCUUGAUAUUUUCUUGACUAUAUAAUGAAUACACCCAUAUGCAUAAAGAUAAAUCAUAGAUGAAUUAUAGAAGUAACUAAUUAUUUGUCAGAAAUAAUAUUUUACUGAAAUAAUGUUGGUACCUAUGUGCAAUGAGAAUGAAAUGUUGGGAAUCAGGUAUUUUUUCCCAUGUUUAAACUUGAAGGACAUCAGGAGAGCAGCGCAGAAAGAUGGCUGACCACUGUGACUGGGUACUGAAACCCAGCAGCUGUAGCUAUGGGACCCGUCUUAGCUGUAGGAACUUUGUAGGAAUGGCAACUGACAUAACUAUGAGAGGCGACAUAGCUAUGGGAGACUUCGUAACUAUGGGAACUGUUGUAGCUAUGGGAGAUGUUGUAGCUAUCGAAGACUCUGUAGUUAUGAGAGCCGACAUAGCUAUGGGAGACCUCGUAACUAUGGGAGAUGUUGUAGCUAUGGGAACUGUCGUAGCUAUGGGAGACAUUGUAGCUAAGGGAACUGUUGUAGGUAUGGAAGACGUUGUAGCUAUGGGAACUGUCAUAGCUAUUGAAGACUCUGUAGUUAUGAGAGCCGACAUAGUUAUGGGAGACCUCGUAACUAUGGGAGAUGUUGUAGCUAUGGGAACUGUCGUAGCUAUGGGAGACAUUGUAGCUAAGGGAACUGUCGUAGGUAUGGAAGAUGUUGUAGCUAUGGGAACUGUCAUAGCUAUUGAAGACUGUAGUUAUGAGAGCGACAUAGCUAUGGGGGACUUCGUAGCUAUGGGAGACAUUGUAGCUAUGGGAUCUGUUGUAGCUAAUAGAGACUUCAUAGCUAUGAGAGAUCUUGUAGCUAUUGGGAACCAUCGUAGCUAUGGGAGACUUCGUAGUUAUGGGAGCCGGAUCCCAGGAACUGUGAGGUUAGUUGUUUGAGCUGCCAGGGUAGCUGGCCUCAGCAUCCCCGAGAAGCUCCCGCCCUUCUUGUCCUUUAAUAUAAUUAAGAACUUGAAUGUAGUCCUCUCCCCUCUAUGAAAAAUUAAUUUUCUCUCUUCACCCUCCAUGCGUGAUAUUGUGCCGGCUAACUGCGAUUUCCUCUUUCGGUGUCAGUGACAUACACCAAGAAUCCGUUUAUUUCUGAAGCUGGAUGAACGUGUCAGUUGAUGCUGCUGACCACAUAUUCCCAAUUUAAAGCCCCUUCCAUUUACUGGGGGUAUUUUAUACUGCACCUCAUCCUCCUCAGUCACUGUCUUACCUCUCUACCCCACAAAGCCUUAAACUGCAACAGUGGGAAGAUACCAACUUACCAAUCUACCCUGGUCACUGUCACCUUCCCCAUAACCUAUAUCACGCCAGAAUCAUACUUAUUAUUGGACCCACUGAGAGAGCAGGGUGAUUUUUGAAGGCAUACAUACCUGCUGCAUCUGUGCUGAGUUUGUGGCAUUUUAGCCGAUAGCAGAUGGUUUUAAUUGUAUAUUCCUGCCUUAGUUUGUUGUGCUCUCAUUGGUAUAUUUGUAUCCAUAUUAUAAAGGUAAAGUAUUUAGAUUGAACUCAAGCAGUGCUUUUCUUGGAUGUCGUCGUUGCAGAAUGGUCUCUGUAGAGCAGGCCUUAAUGCUAUACCACUGCACUGUGACCAGUUUUUGUGAUCGCUUCUGCUCUCUCAUCUUCAGCAACCCUUCCGCUUCGAGUGUUAUCGUUUCCUAGGGGUGUCUGUGUCAGUGUUUGCCGCUGAAAUCGCAGCCCCGACGCGACGUAGAAUUUUAAUGCGACGUGGUGCUCCGUUGUCAAGGUACUGUGGAACGUGUCAGCGUUUUGGUCUGUGUACACGCCGUGCACGCUUCUCUUCUUAGCCUUUCCAUGGAAGGAGAAAUAUGUGCUAUUUUGCUCUAAGCGUGACUUGUUUAGAAAAAUGGGAAAGUGA